AUGGGUAGUUGUGAAUCUCAGGAUGAACGAGUUUGCUUUGAAGAAUUUUAAUCAAUACCUCUUCCUAAUUUAUAAUAAGAAUUUACAGAUGAAUUUACUUAGUAGGAAAAUUAGGUUAUUGUCAGUUAGUCCAAGAAAGAUUUGGAUGCUGAUUUAUCAAUUUAGACUUUGUAAAAUAAAUUAAACUCACAUCCUCUAUCUAACACACUCUAUAUAAUAUAUAAUAAAUGUCGAAUUGAGAGACCAAUAGAAGUGGAAGAAGGAACAUAUUAGGGAUAAUGGUUUGCUGGAAAAUAAUGCGGUUUUGGCCGUAUGUAUUAUAAAAAUAAGGACAUUUAUGAGGGAUUUUGGCUGCUUGGUCGAAAACAUCAUAUGGGAAUAUUCAUAGAAACUGAUAAGAGACCUUUAAUUGGAGAAUGGUUUGAUGAUAAAUUCCUUGGAUAAAAUAUUUCUAUUAAUCUUACAAAAGAUCCGAAGCUCUUUUAUUCUGAUUUACUUAAUGUACUUUCAUUAUUUAUAAUAUGUUAGCUUUAACCUAUUCAAAUAAAGGAUUCUCUAUAUUAUGGAGAGUAUUCUAAUAAAGGAAAGCAAGGUUUAGGACUGUGCUUUCAAAAAGGAGAAUAUAAAUUUAUUGGUUAUUUCUCAAAUGAUAAAAAAUAAGGUUAUGGCAUAGAAAUUACUAAGAAUGAUAUAUAUAGAGGAAUAUUUAAGGAUGACAUUAGAUGUGGUAUUGGUCAUCUUAAACAUAAGAAGAAUUUGUUUUUAGGUUAAAAUAUAGUUAAUAUAUUUUUAGGUUAAUUUGAAAAUAAUUAGCCAACGACUAAUGGGAUUUCAAUUUAAAUUUGA